AUGGGAAGAGAGAUCCUACAACCUUGUUCGAGGGAAAGGAAGGUGAGAGACGAUGAACAUAGUAUCUCUAAGGUUGAAGAGGAAGCUAUUGAUAUUUUGGGUGCACAUCCUUGUAUUUCAUUGGUUACUUCUGAUCCAAAGACGAAAUCUAGAGUCAUUUUUGUACUUGAGAAGGCAUCUUUGACACUUGCCUUUUUAUUAUUGUUGUGUAUGUUUCUUCAAAAUUACCAUAUUUUGAAUCAAGAAAAACAAGUUGAAUUCUUGCAGAGAAAGAGAAUGGACUCAUACAAGUAUAAACCUGAUAUAGUUCAUGUGGCUCUUGUUCAUAUCAUGUAUUCUCGAAUCUGUAUGGCCGGUUUAGUUCAAGCAGUCUUUAUAAGAACUGAUGAAGGAGUUCUCAUCAAAGUUUUACAACCACCGUAA